AUGAGUUGCUUCGAGUGCAAAAAGUCAACGGAAUCAUCCAAUUUGUUCAUUUGCUCGCAUCACCUUCCAACGGAGGAUGGGGGAAAGCUUGGUUAUCCCAUCAGUCCACAGAUCAUUUUCUGCUCACGAUGCUUACUUUCGAAACAUUGGGACUGUCACAGGGAGGGAAACGCGAUUAAGCCUCGAUCACUGCUCGAGUAUAUGAAUGAGAAUGCUGUCGUUGAGUUGGAGGAAGAAUUGGAAAAAAGCGAGCAAGGGGUGCAGCAAAUGAUCAGCCAAUUUCAGCACCUUCAGAAUAUGCUUAAGCAAAGACGUGUUCUUUUUAUUGAAAACAAGACUGCCUUUGACUGCACAAAAACAAAUUUGAUUGAUGUCAACUUUUCUCUCACAAAUAUCAACUGUCAGCUGCAGGAUACGCUGGAAAUUUGCGAAACUCAGGACAAUGCAACCAAACCCAAGCCAAUAAUUGCCGAGCAUCACAGUCAAGUUGAAGAACCAUUGAAGCCACAGCCGGUUGAGCAGGAAGAGGAAGGUGAACCAAUCUCGUUAAGACCACGAUUCUGGGCUCCACAAGCAGCACAUGUUCUCGAGGCUGAGCCGACUCCCAAUCCUAAAAAGACUUUUUCUCCGCUGCGUAUUAUGCGGGAGAUGAAGCUACGCGAGCAAGCAGCAGCGGAAAUGCUCAAGGUUUCGUCUCCAGAUAAAGAGCCACGUAUUAUUAAGGAAAUGCUAGCAUUUGGAGAAACAAAAGAAUUUGACGAUGAGGAGCCAAUUCAAGAGGGUUGGAAAACUAUCAUCUGUGAGCCGCCUUCAACCGGACUUGCCACCGAGCGUGUUGGCCGUAACGUUGAUGCUCUUCCAUUUGUGUCCGCUGGGCAACGCCCGCAAGUCGACGAGUUGUAUGAGCGUGCUCUUUCUGGUGGCGGUUCUGAUGAUGGAUGGGGUUCUGGUGCACAAUCAAAGCCGCGCCAAGGAACAAUUGUUGAGAUGUCACGAGGCCCAUUUGCUGGAGCACCAAUGGGUGAUCAGAUGAAGUUGUCGUGGGUUCCCGGCUCCAACACUGGUGAACUCAAGCAGGGCGGUUUCAAGCAAGACACCUCU